AUGUUUCCAAGAAUAUUCACCAGGCAGUUCCAGAUAACGUCCUUCCGUCUAGCGGAAGAAACGGGUACUAAGUUGACUAAAGAGCAACUUAGAAAGAGGGAGCUAAGAAAAAUGGUUCAAAGAAGAUUGCAAGCAAAAACUCCGGCCAGUGACCAUCCACUGUAUAUGCCAGUUUCUAGAGCACUAAGAUACUUACGUGCAAUCGAAGUCGGGCAACCAGCAAGCCAACAAACCAUCACGUUAACUACAUUGGUGGUAGCAGAAAGAGGUGUCCCCCCUCUUACAGGUAAUGUUUCCUUCGGCAAACCUCUUAAAGAUGUGAAAGUUGCUGUCUUCACUAAUGACGAGGCACAAGCGGCUUUGAUGAAAGAUAAAUACAGUGUUCAUUUAGUCGGCGGUUCAGAUUUAGUAAGUCAAAUCAAGGCUGGUGAAGUCAGUAUCGACUUUGACAAGGCUUUUGCAACUCCAGAUAUUGUUCCACAACUUGCUUCUCAAGUUGGUAGAAUUUUGGGUCCUCGUGGUUUACUGCCAACUGCCAAGAAGGGAACCGUCGCCGAAGAUCUUGAGCCAUUGAUUAAAGAUAGUAUGAGCUCUGUUCCAUUCAGACAACGUGGUAACAGUAUUAGUUUAGGUGUUGCCAAGACCCAUUUCACUGACAAGGAAGUUCUAGAGAACUUGUUGGCAACACAGAAGGCUUUCAAACAAUCUAUCACCAAUCAACAAACGAAAAAACCAAGCAUAUUGUCCCAAACUACGCUGACAAGUACACACGGUCCUGGUAUUGUGAUUGACUUUGCUUAA